AUGGCCACAUCAUUUACGUGUAUCAAUGAUCUUAUUCGUGAGUAUUUUCAAUAUCGUAAUUUAACAUCAACGUCACGUACAUUCGAUAAUGAACUAUCGAAAUUACCUUUUGUACAAUAUCGUGCUGAUCUUAUUAUUGAACGAUUAACAAUUCAUAUUCAUCAAUUUGAAAUAAAUAAUUUAAUCGAUUAUUGGACACAAAUCGAACAGCAUCUUUUAUCAACACUAGCCAUUGAAUCUCAACGAUUAAUAGAUGUAUUUAAAAAAAUUCGUAUUAAUCUCUAUCGCUGUUAUUUAAUGCAUGCAGUUCAAUCAUCAAAAAUGGAUAAAAUAAAUGAAUUUUUUGAGCGUUUAACAAAAUUUUUACAACAAACAAACGAAUGGACAAAAGAAUGGUUUACAUUGCCAUUCAUUAAAAAUCCAGAAGAAAACUCAAUAUUUCAAGUUUAUUUUUCUAAACAAUGGAAUGAACUGUUUUGGACUUCAUUACAAAAUUUUUUAUCUAUAGCUUUCUAUCAUAUGUCUCAACCUUUAAUGUGUUCUAUGGAUGAAGAUAACUCUCAAACAUUCACAGAUUUAAUCAACCUUCAAUCGACAAUACCAAAACCUUUAAUACUAUCAUCUAGUAAUAUGAAUCCAUCGAAGAUUUCAUUCGCUGAAACAUUCGAAGAUGAACAAUUAUCUAUGACUGAACAAUUUCCUCAAUCAAAUGUAACAAUAUUUUCUAAAUUACGAAGUAAAUUUAUGCCAACUAUGAAACAAAAUCAAGCUGCAACGUCUCAAAAUCAACUACAAUCGUUAUUGACUUGUUCUACAACAGAUGAUUCAAUACGUUCAUAA